AUGAUAAAGCGACAAACGAGUUAAAUCUAAUAGGUUAUUAAGACGGGAACUUAGAUUGUAGAAUAUGCUUGGUUUUAAAAACAUGAAGUUUUCGUUGUGCCCCAAUAAAACACCUGGAAAUAAAUUAUUAUGGAUAAUUUCGAAUGCUUCGUUAUACUAAUGGCUCUGGUGUAUUGCGUGACAUUUUUCUUCAUGUACAAGAUAUUUGCCAAGAAAAAUAAUAAAAUAAUUGUACAUGUUAGAAAAGAGAGCGUAACUAGUGAUGAAUUAUAAAAGUAAUACGUGUAUGCUAAACAUGUAGUUCGAUUCCUCUUGGUACUGAGCAUAAUGAAAAGCAAAAGAAGGACUAAACAUCCAGUACGGAUUCCUCACCUAGAUACAUUUAAAAUGAACCUGAGGAUAAUGUGCUUGCUUUGCCUGAUAACAAUUUCAAACUAGUUGGACUUUAAAUAUCUGAAACCAAAGAACAAGUGAUUGAGUGGGAAAGAAAUCAAGAGGAUGUUUUGAUAACAUAGACAGAAACAAAAACUGUGAAAAUGAAGGUUAGUGAUGAGCAAUUAUAAUUUGUGACUUCUUAGUUCGUAGAUUUUAAUUAGAAAAAUGCUAAAGGAGUGCAAAUGAUAGAGUAGGAAACUGGAACUGGACAAUCAUAAAAAAUAUUACACAUUCUAACAGAUUGGAGUAGAUAUUGUGAAAAUGGAAAGUUCCAGAAAAUGUACACCUUUCCCAAUCUUAUAGGCAAAGGGACUUUCGGAGAAGUUUACAAAUGCCAAAAAAUCAUAGAUCUUAAAGAAUAUGCAGUUAAAAGAAUUUAUUUUAAAGUGAAAAAUGAAAAAACAUUAAGAGAUCAUCCAAUCUUUAGAGAAAUUGGAUCACUCUAAGAAAUCAAUCACAAAAAUAUAGUUAGAUAUUAUACUAGUUGGAUUUAGGAGUUAACGAACGAAAAUAUAGCAGAAAUUGCAAAAUUAAAUUAAAUUGUAGCCGAGCAAUAACAAGCAAAAUAGAAUGAGUCAUAGAAUUCAUAAUAUCCUCAAAUAAUGGAUGACAUGUCUUCUAUGAAUGAUUAUGUUUAAUUUUUAGGAGGGAAUGAUGCAGAAAAUGAAUAAUAAAUUUAAACAAUUACUAAAUAAUCCAAAACUGUGCAGAGUUUUCAUUUCUCAGAUUACAGUAGUUAGAUUCAAUCUAAAAUGCGUAGGUAUCACUUUAAUCCAAAUUUAAAAGAUGAGUAAUUCUAAUUGUUCACUUUAUACAUUGAAGUAAUUAUUAAUUUUAAUAAAUUAGAUGGAAUUAUGUGAUUAUACAUUGAAAGAUUUCAUUGAUAAGGUUGAUAGGAAAAAGGAUUAUCUUCUAAUUAAAUCUAUAUUUAUCUAAAUAUUGGAAGGAAUCAUAUACAUGCACAAUAAUCAAUAUAUUCAUAGAGAUUUAAAGUAAAUAUGUAAUUUAAACAUUAGACCUUAGAAUAUAUUUAUUAAUUCCAAGAAUGAAGUCAAAAUUGGAGAUCUUGGACUAUGCAAUUCUUUAAUCAUUAAAAUAGAUGAUGAACUCACUUCUAAUUCUGGCGAAUACACUAAUAAUGUUGGAACUCCUAUGUAUAUGGCUCCAGAAGUCAAAGAUGAUCUAUAUGGUUAGGCAGCUGACAUCUACUCUUUAGGAAUAAUAUUAUUUGAAAUGAUGUGGAAGAUAAAAACCCAUUAUGAAAAAACAAGGUAAUCAAUUAACAUUAAAUUUAGAUUGAUAGCAGCUCUUACAAAAGAUUCUAUCCUACCUAUUGAUUUAUUUAAAGAUCAUACUGUUGAGGCAGAAUUAAUACUAAAAAUGAUCAAUAAAAACCCAUAAAAAAGACCAUCUGCUCAAUAAGUUUUAGAUACUUUAAUCAAAUAAUGAAAUUAUAACACUAUCA